UCAUGGAUGAUAAACAGCCUUUGCUGUUUUUGCUAGAACAGCAACAACAACAACAGCAAAAACCAAUAUUUUCUUCUCCAAAGCCAGCAUCACACAAGAAACUAAUACUAGUAUCAUCAAUAGCAGCAGGAAUCCAAUUUGGAUGGGCACUUCAACUUUCUCUUUUAACUCCGUAUGUUCAACUCUUAGGUAUCCCACAUAAAUAUGCAGCUUUCAUUUGGCUUUGUGGUCCAAUUUCAGGCAUGAUCGUUCAACCCAUCAUCGGUUACCAUAGCGAUCGUUGUCUCUCUCGUUGGGGCCGCCGGCGUCCUUUUAUAGUUUCCGGUACCUUGCUUGUUGUAAUAUCUGUCAUGUUCAUUAGUUUUGCUGCUGAUUUGGGUCAUUCUUUAGGUGACCCAUUAGGAGAUACAUCUUCAUCAGCAUCUUCUUCUUCUUCCAAUAGACCCAAAGUCAUUUCUAUUACUAUAUUUAUACUGGGGUUUUGGAUUCUUGAUGUUGCUAAUAAUAUGUUGCAAGGGCCUUGCCGUGCACUUUUAGCUGAUUUAACCGGUACUGAUCAAAGAAGAACUAGAACUGCUAAUGCUUUCUAUUCAUUUUUCAUGGCUGUUGGUAAUAUACUAGGUUUCGCCGCAGGUUCUUACACCAAUCUUUACAAAUUCUUGCCUUUUAGUAAAACCGAAGCUUGUGAUGUCUAUUGUGCAAAUCUUAAGACAUGUUUUUUCAUGGCUGUUAUACUCUUGUUAACCUUAACAACCAUUGCUCUCACUUCAAUUCAAGAGAAACCGAUAACAGCAUCGUCAUUAUCGUCGAUAUCAAUAUUGCCGUCAACUAUUAAUGAUGUUGAAAUGGACGAGGAGGCUGAAGCAAAUAUUGCAUUUGUUGGGGAGAUAGUGAAAGCACUGAGGGACUUACCUAGACCAAUGUGGGUUUUACUACUAGUAACAUGUCUGAAUUGGAUCGGUUGGUUUCCGUUCUUGUUGUUUGAUACGGAUUGGAUGGGUAGAGAGGUGUAUGGCGGUAAGAUUGGAGAAGGGAAGCAAUAUGGUGAUGGGGUUCGUGCGGGUUCUUUCGGGUUAAUGUUCAAUUCAGUUGUGCUAGGAUUUACCUCUUUAGGAGUUGAAUGGUUGGCAAAGAAAGUCGGUGGUGUAAAAAGAUUGUGGUUUUUUGCGAAUCUGGUGUUGUCAAUUGGUUUGGCGUCAACAGUGUGGAUUACGAAAGUGGCAGAAUCAUCCAGGGCAGGGUCAGAUGAAGCCGAUCCAGCGCUAGGAGUUCGAAUCUCUGCAUUGGCUCUCUUUGCCGUAUUGGGUGUACCUCUUGCGGUGACAUAUAGUAUUCCGUUUGCAUUGGCUGCAAUCUUUUCCAACUCCUCCGGUGCAGGUCAAGGACUUGCAAUGGGGGUUCUAAAUCUGGCAGUAGUUAUACCACAAAUUCUGGUAUCAGUAGCGAGUGGACCAUGGGACGCCUUAUUUGGAGGUGGCAAUCUCCCUGCAUUUGUUGUUGGAGCUGUAGCAGCAGCUGCAAGUGGGAUAGUUGCGCUUACAAUGCUGCCUGCACUACCCCCUGAUUUUACCAACAGAAGUAGAAUCAUGAGAACAAGAAGUUCACCAUUCCCUUGACCUGAUCAAACUUAGUGUUCUGCAUUUUACAUCUCAAGUACUACGUAUAGAUAUUCUGUUGCAAGUUUAACAUUGUGGGCCAUUUUAUUCAAAAUUUGUCCAUCCUAUUUAUAUGGAAUUCUCAAUUGCUGGCUAUCCACUAAAAUUAUGUACUUCAAUGAAUUUGCCUAU